AAAAGUCAAGUUUCAGUGAUUUUUAAAUAAGUUUUGUGAAAUAAGGAGGUCAAGGGUUUACAUCUGCUCGGAAUUCUAGAGUUAAUCUUACAGUUGAAAUAAUUUUAUGCACAUUGUUUUUUAAUGGGAGCAAAUUUUUCUAUUUAUUUUUCUCCAACGAACAUAAAUUAAGUACUUUGGGUUGAAUUUGGAAAUUUUUUUCAGGAGAUGGGUGACUGUUAUUUAAUAUAACCCAGAUUGAAUAAACACACAGUUAUCAGCUUACAUAAAUCCAGUAUUUCCUAACUUCUCAUCCACAGAGUAAGUACAGACGUACUUGGAGUUACGUUUGAGAUACCAGCAUCCUCAGAAUGGACGGAGAACAAUGGCAGCAAGCUAUGGAUAUUGAACAAAAUGCCACUGAGCCGUUACACGGAAAUCCAUACUGCUCAAAUGGAGGAACACACCGUGGUCGUCGAGUGCCCAACGUGACCAUCCAGCCGCAGUGGAUUUCAGCAAAACAGUGGCCACUCUGGAAAACAUUUCUGAUGUGUCUGUUGGCCUGUCUAAUUGCUACGGCCCUUGUUGCUCUAGUCUUAUACUUUGUCCGCUUUGGCAAGCCCACUAACAUUACCACCAUCAUCAUUCACGCAGACAGAAUGUCCAAUCACGUCACCCGCACCCCUGGUUCUACCCCAUCUCCUGCCUCAUUGUCCCUGCCUGGAUCACAGAGUGCCCUGCCGUCAACCCCUGUGGCAAACCAAAGUGCCUCCACCACGGUGCCUGGAUCUGCUAUGGACACCACUAAAACCACAAUACGGGGCCAUAAAAUUAUCAUUGAAAAUAAAAAAUGACCCUUGUGAGUUCUCAGCCCUCCUGAAGCCAGAUCAACACCCUUACCCUGAAGGAGGCAUCUCCGAGGUAUUCUCUCCUUCCCGCCAAGUUUCCAAAGCAUUUGGCUUCAUGAGAUCUUGCCCCUCUUGCUCAAUCUUUUGCCGGAUUCCCAUAUGGUGAUGACUCCGUCUUGGGCCCUCCAAUGUUCAAAUGCUUGGAAAAGAAAAAUUUCCACUGAGCCUGGUUGAUUUAUCCAGGCUGGGGCCUAGAGUGUUCUUUUCAUGCCUCCUGUAUAAUCAACCUCAUUUAUCACUGAUGAGGAUUUCAGCUGCUGAAGAGGCUGCCAGGUGGACCCUGCCCUACUUAGCUUCCUGCAAUGCUGGCUUCUUAAGUCACUGUUUACCAUCUGGUUGUUUAUUAUUUCUCAAUCUUAUAUACUUGACUAUUUUCAGCAUUUGUAUUCCAGUAGGGAAAGAAGGAAAUGUUCAAUUGAAGUGAUUAAUGAACAGGAAUGAUUAUAUAACUAUUGAUCAUUACAGACGGGUUCCUCCCAUUGGGGAACUCAGAAAAGAGGAGAGGUCAGUGAGGUUCGCAAUAACCAAAGGAGAUUUCAGAGAAGGGCUGAAAGUUGACAAAGGGUGAGGAUUUGCAUUUAAGUCGAGAUUAUUAAAACAGAAAAUGACAGAGCCAAGGGGAUUUAAUAGAAUUAAAAUCAAAAACACACUCAGAAACACUUCAAAUGUAACAAGUGAUGUAUUUUAUAGAUCUGCACUUUUUUCACUAUUGUCAUUAUUAUUUUUCAUACUUGAUAUUUUGCUUAAUCUCUAAACUACUAUAAACUAUUACAGUCAUGUGCUGCAUAACAAUGUUUUGAUCAAUGACGUACCACAUAUAUGACCCAUAAGAUCAGUCCCAUGUAGCCUAGGUGCGUAGUAUGCUCUAUCAUCUAGGUUUGUAGAAGUCUGCUCUAUCAUGUUCACACAACAACGAAUUCAGCUAAGGAGGCAUUUCUCAGAACGCAUCUCCAUCAUUAAGCAACACGUGACAGUACUUAACAAAAUUUGAAGUUUUAAAUUGUUUUCUCCUUUGUACUGUAACUUUGAGGGCACAUUGCUUAUAAUUUGCUAUGAAACACAAGACUCUUGUUCAAUAUGACUUAUAUUCUAAGUAUUUAAUACUCCCUGGAAGCAUACUCAUUUUUAAUCUGGAAAAGGCUUUAGAGUUCAAACAACCUGCCCACUCCACACCCAACCUCCUAACUCAACAAAAGGGAAGACCAUCCUAGAGAAUGGGGGCUCCUGGUCAAAGACUCAGACCCUCUGAGUUGACAGUAGAGCUUGGCUCUCCAGUUACAACUUCUGAUUCUCUUUUUUCACACCAUUAGAGGUUCUAAAUGGGUUCUAAAAGCAUUGUUUUAUGUUUAAAGAUUUCCUAAAGCAAAAGAUUUUGUAUCCUAUAUAAUUCUAGGUUGAUUUGCUGCAGUCAAUAACAGAGCAUGUAAACCAGCCAGACCUUAAGGUCUUGCUGAGUGAUUAGUCGCUGCCAAAAAAAAAAAAAAAAGAUUAGAGAGGUAGUCAUUCUUUAGAUAAUUAUGAUUUAUGGGAAGCUAGUAUUAUUUCCCAGACACCAGUAAAUGUAAAAAUUUGAGUUUUUGAAGAGCAAUUUUUACACCACAAACAUUAUUUGAUAAUACAAUUUAAGAAUGAUGAAAGGUAUAUAAAUUUUAGAAAAGAAAUUUCAUGAAGCUCUAGAUAAGAGUAAUAAGUACAAAGGAGUAAGUAUGCAUGCAUUUUUUUUUCCCAGGGUAGUUUUAAAUCAAUUCAUUUUUACCGUAUUUUUCAUUUAAAUGCU